CCUUCCACAUCACCUUCCAGACCCUGGAGGGAGACCUGUGGCCCCACUUCCGGGACUUCAGCACCUGCCUGUUCACCAUGUUCCAGCUGUUUCUGGGGCUGCUCGACAUCCCCAUUAACUACGAGAAGUGGACUCCGGCCAUCAUCAAGGUCCUCUACGUCUCCUACAUGAUCUUCGCCUUCCUACUGAUGGUCAACCUGCUCAUCGCCAUGAUGGGAGAUACCCACUGGAGGGUGGCUCACGAACGAGACCAGCUGUGGCGGGCACAGGUUGUGGCAACGACGAUCCUCCUGGAGAGACACAUGCCCAGGUUCCUAUGGCCCAGGGUGGGCAUCAACGGCGAGAGUGUGGGGCUGGGGGGCAGCUGGUUCAUCAGAGUGGAGGAUCGGAUCGACACCAGCGGACAGAAGGUCCGACGUUACGCCAAGCACUUCCGACCCGAGGAGGCCACGUCCCCGGACAAGGUCCGGGAAUUCCCGGGACAGGGCUGGGAGGUAGUCCGCCGCACGGCCCUGAAUCAGGAGCGGCCGGAACGGGUCUACCACGUGUGA